AUGCGAUGGCAUGAACCAAUAACACCCGAAGAAAAAUUGGCAGUUACUUUAAGAUAUCUAGCCACCGGGGAAUCUUUUCGUUUAUUGGCAUUUGCAUUUCGUAUAUCCUACAGUUAUAUCAGUAUAAUAGUAAAGGAAACAUUGACAGUUUUAAAACAAAAUUUAAUGCCAAUUUUUUUACCAGAUCCAACUAUGGUUGAUUUUAAAACUAAGGCAGAUGAAUUUUGGACAAAGUGGAACUUUCCUAAUUGCAUUCUCGCAAUUGAUGGAAAGCAUGUAAGAAUCCGUUGUCCUAAUAAUUCAGGUUCUUUGUUUUUUAAUCACAAAGAUUAUUUUUCAACUGUUUUAUUGGCGAUGGUUGAUGCAAAUUACAAAUUUGUAGCAAUCGAUGUCGGGUCAUAUGGAAAAGAAGGAGAUAGCGGUAUUUUUUUAAAGUCUACAAUGGGACAACAAAUUUUAAAUGGUGUAUUUAAAUUUCCAGAAGAUUGUGCCCUUCCUGGUACUGAUAUUAUAGCACCUCACGUUAUAUUAGGAGAUCAGGCAUUUAGGUUGCACAAACAUAUUUUGAGGCCGUUUUCUCAAAAAGCAGCAAGAGGAGAUAACAGCAAAACGAUUUUCAAUUACAGACUUAGCCGUGCUAGAAGAGUAACCGAAAAUGCUUUUGGGUUACUAAGUCAAGUAUUCAGAGUGUUUUAUCAGCCAAUCAAUAUUGCUCCAACAACAGUUGAUGAUUUAAUCAUUGUUACAUGUUGUUUACACAAUAUGUUACGUGAUGCAUAUUUAGAACACAAUGGAAAAGCAUACUAUCAAUUUGAUCAGGAAUAUUCAACUGUAAAUAACAUGAGGUCAUUUUCUGGGGAAAGUGGAUUUAUAAAUACGGAAGGAGUUACAGUAAGAGAUAUUUUUAAAGAUUAUUUUGCUAAUAUAGGAGCUGUACCAUGGCAAAUGUAA